AUGUGCUGGAAGGGAGCGAAGAUGUGGGAGGAUGAUGCUUUGGAGCUCACCAUGUACCAGAGCGGUGGAGCCGAAAACAAGCUGGGAACCGGCUUCAUAGUGUUGGGCAAGAUGCGGAGUCGUUUUACGUUCAUUUUCUACCUGAUCGGAACCACCCUGCUGUGCGCGUUUUUGAACGGUUCGUAUCGCUUCUACGAGUACUAUUACGACAAUCCUCCUGUGAAGACCAGCUAUGAGUACAUUAUCGUCGGAACCGGAACGGCCGGUUCGAUCAUUGCGGCGGGUAUUCCAUCGCGGGACGUGCUCGUCGUGGAAGCCGGCUCGAUGCGGACCAGCCUGAUGGACGUGCCGCUGUUUCAACCGCUGCUCCAGGGAACCCAGUACGACUGGCAGUACCAGACGGAACCGCAGCGGAACGCUUGCCGGGCCCUGGAGGGUCAACGGAGCAAUUGGCCUAUGGGUAAGGUGUUCGGGGGGACGCACAUGUUGAACAACAUGAUUCACUUCGACAUGAUGGGAAACACGGACUUUAGUGGGUGGUUCGAGACGCCGGAACUAACGAGGAAAUUCUUGGAUUACUUCCAUCGCUGGGGAAGGGACCCGACCAUUCCGGUGGAACGGCUGCAGUACGGGACGGAGUUUGGGGAGGACUUUGUGGACAGUAUGCAAGCGCAGACCAAGUGCAUUGAGAGGGAAAAGUUUUGCGAGAAGAUGGAAGAACUUUACAGCAGGUUGUUCGCCAAGCCGAAUGUAACGGCCCGCAACGGGAUGCGAAGAACGGCGAGUCAUUACUACUGGGAGCAGCGACGGCCAGGGCAUGAACUGUUGCUGAACGCGCACGUGCUUAAGAUUAAUGUCGAAAAUGGCAAAGCGAUUGGGCUGGUGUUGGAGAAAUCCAACCGUGAGAACCUUCAGGAUCACAUCACUACCGGAAUGGAUUUACUUUUGUGGCCGGAGAAACUUCCUCUGCGUCCGCUUGACCUGAUUAGUCCACUCAACUUGUGGAACUUUUUCAAUGGAAAGAACUCGUCUCUCUUACUGCCGGGGUGUGAAGGACUAGGCGGCAUGCUGCUACCAGAUCUCCCAAGAGGACUCAUCCUAGGACUCGGAUUCAUGGUCAUGCCGGCGGGAAUCGCCAGCGACGGUGGCGCGCAUCUGCACAAACUGCUCAAUCUACGCGAAAAGGUUUACACCCAAUACUUCCAACGAAUUCUCGAACAAAACCUCCAAUCGGUCAGCAUUCUCCCCGUCUUGCUGCAGCCCAAAAGCCGAGGCCACAUCCGACUACGCGAUGCCAACCCACACUCCCCACCCCUCAUCGAUCCAAACUACCUCCAACACCCGGAAGACCUGGACAACCUUGUGCUAGGAAUCAACAUCGUCAAAGAGUACCUCGAAGAGAUGAACUCGAAAAAAGCCGAACUAAACCCGCUGCCCUUCCCCGGCUGCCGGAAGUUCACCUUCGACACCAAACCCUACUGGGAGUGUUACGUGCAGUCACUCACACUCACCAUGUACCACCCGGUGGGAACGUGCCGGAUGGGACCGAAGCGCAGCAAGAAGGCGGUCGUCUCGAACCGGGAUCUGGCCGUGCACGGCGUGAGCGGGCUGUACGUGGUGGAUGGAUCGGCGAUUCCGAAGCUGCCCACCGGGAACCCGAACUCGGCCAUUGCGGCGCUGGCGCACUACUUUCUGAAGGUCAAAUUUAACGUGGACUUGUUGGGGAAGUGA